UUCCUCAUACUCACUCGAAGCUCGCUCACUCCCUCAUACUGCUGUUCCCCUUAAAGCAGGGAAUAACGACGGGGCGGAGGCACUAUUGGAUUGAUUUGCCCGCGGUGCGCAACGUCAAUGGUCCACACCUGGAUGUGAGUUUGACGGAAAGGUUAAGGAGAGGUUGCUAUGCCAACAGAGCCUGGCCCUGAGUCAGAGGUGAAGAACGCAGUAGAAGUGUCCUCCCAGCAGAAGGGGGCAGCAGCAGGCAUGCAAAACUCUGCUUCAGACGGCAAGAUGGCUAAACAGGACCAGGACUCCAAACUGAUCGACGACCACAGGGAAACAGACGACGUGUCAGAGAAGACCACCCCAUGCAAGACCCCCAAGUCCCCCCAGAAGACUUCCAAACGGCCAAAGACUGUUCCCUUCAAGGUCACCCUACUGGACACCUCUGACUAUGAGGCGGGGAUUGAGAAGCACUGCAAAGGACAGGCGCUGCUGGACAAGGUGUGUGAGCACCUCAACCUCCUGGAGAAGGACUACUUUGGUCUGACAUUCAGCGAGGCGGACAGCCAAAAGAAUUGGUUGGACCCCUCCAAGGAGAUCAAGAAGCAGAUGCGCACUGCUCCCUGGCACUUUGCCUUCUCUGUCAAGUUCUAUCCUCCAGACCCCUCCCAGCUCACAGAGGACAUCACCAGGUACUACCUGUGUCUGCAGCUGAGAGAUGACAUGUUGUCAGGUCGUCUGCCCUGUUCCUUCGUGACCCACGCCCUGCUGGGUUCCUACGCCGUACAGGCCGAGCUGGGAGACUAUGACACCGACGACCAUGGCCCCGACUACGUCAGCGACUUCCGCUUCGCACCCAAUCAGACACGAGAGCUGGAGGAGAGGGUCAUGGAGCUCCAUCGUAACUACAGGGGUAUGACUCCAGCUGACGCAGAAAUCAACUUCCUGGAAAAUGCUAAGAAGCUGUCGAUGUAUGGGGUGGACCUUCAUCAUGCCAAGGAUUCAGAAGGGAUUGACAUCAUGCUGGGCGUGUGUGCCAACGGGCUCCUGAUCUACCGCGACCGCCUGAGGAUCAACCGCUUUGCCUGGCCAAAGAUCCUUAAGAUCUCCUACAAGAGGAGCAACUUCUACAUCAAGAUCCGGCCUGGAGAGUACGAGCAGUUCGAGAGCACUAUUGGCUUCAAGCUUCCCAACCACCGGGCGGCUAAGAGACUAUGGAAGGUCUGCAUCGAGCACCACACCUUCUUCAGGUUAGUGUCUCCAGAGCCUCCUCCUAAGGGCUUCCUGGUGAUGGGCUCGAAGUUCCGCUACAGUGGGCGAACACAGGCCCAGACCCGGCAGGCCAGUGCCCUUAUAGACCGGCCCGCGCCACACUUUGAACGAUCCACCAGCAAGAGGUACCUGCUGUCCCGCAGUCUGGAUGGAGCAGAGUUCUCCCGGCCAGUGUCGGCCAUGUGUGAGAACCAGGAUGGUCUGUCCCGGCGCUGUGUCAGUGAACACCCCAACCUCCACAGCCCCUCUGGGGACGAACAGGAGACUGAACUGGAACCACCCAGUCUAGAGCAGGACCAAGAGGACCAUGAGGAGGUUCAGGAUGAGGAACGGGAUCCUGAGGAAGACCAGGACCAAGAGGAGGCGGGUGUCACCACACCCAGCAAGAAGAAGGAGAUCAAGGAGGAUGCUGGGUCCCCACUUGACAAUAUACAGGAGUUGGACCAGGAGACAACCCCUCGACACAAGGAGUUUUUGGACAAGUCGGAGGAUGUCUUAUUGAAGCACCAGGCCAGUAUCAAUGAGCUGAAGAAAGCUCUGAGGGGACCCAACAGCAAGCUGACGAACCGUGAGAAGCGUCUGUCAGGAACGCCCCCAGGCGGCACGCCCGAGAGGAAGGCUGUGGGGGGCAAGGACCCAGUAAACAGCUUCUCUGUAGAGGGCUUCUUCUUCCAGAAGACUUUGGUGACUUCCCCAGAGGAGCCUCUCUCCACUCUUGCCAUUUAUGAAGAUACAGUAGAUGAUGCCAAGAGGGAACACUGGGAGAGGAGGCCUCGGCCGGGCUCCACCUCGGAGGAAGACCACGAGCGCGACACGGUGGUCUUCAUGAAAGAGACCCAGUUGGGCAUUGAGAGGAAGUGCUCCAGCAUGACGGUCAGCUCCACGUCCAGCCUGGAGGCCGAGGUGGACUUCACCGUCAUCAUGGACCUCCACACGGGCGUGGAGGAUUUCUCCAAGGGCCUGUCUGAGCUGGGGGAGAGGGAGUGGUUGCCCGAGCGGCUGCCCGAGGUGGGCCGGGACGACUUUGAGGAGACCUCCAGGUUCUAUUCGGCCCGUCUCAUGGGCUCCCAUGACAUGUCCGCUGUAGAGGAGAUGCCCCCUGUGCACCGUGAGGAACGUGUGCGCCAUGAGCCCCCAGUAGCCAGGAAAGACCCCAGUGCUGUUAGCGCUGCCCAGAUGCUGAGGAAGGCCGAUACUAAGAUGGAGACACAUACCAAUGGGUCAGAGGUCACCAGCACCAACAUCAUGGACAUGUCCGAGCAGCAAAUGGAGGCUGACAUCAACUGUAACGAGACAAAGGUCUCCAGCAGCCCUGACGUGGCUAAGCCACCAGAGGGCGACGUGAACCAGAACCAGAACCAGGAUGUUGGCAGUAGGAAGGAAGUUCCUCUCCCCAGUAUAGAAAAUGGCUCCCAUGUGAAGGCGGGCACCCUGGGGAGAGAGGCCGUAGUGUCCCCGCUGACUGUCACCGCCGACAAUGUCACCUCAGCAACCACAACUCAAGUUACCAAGACAGUGAAAGGUGGCUACUCCGAGACCAGGAUUGAGAAAAGGAUCAUCAUCACGGGAGAUGAUGACGUGGACCAGCAUCAGGCCCUUGCCAUGGCGAUACAGGAGGCCAAGCAGCAACACCCCGACAUGCUGGUGACAAAAGCAGUGGUUGUCAGGGAAACAGAGUCUCCCACUGAGGAGCAACAUAGAAAAUCAGAGUCCUGAUGACCCAUGGUGGUUCCUGGGAGUGGGGACAGGAGCCCAUCAACUCCCUGACUCCCACUCCACCGUGGCAAGAGGACUACAGUAACCUACCCACAGUGUAUACUACAAUACAAUAGACAGCUCUCCUUGAAAUAAUUUCCGUUUCCUCUCCUGUCCCUUUAGCCAGAACCGACUGUGACGCCGCCUCUGACCCAUCCUCACCCACCAACCACUCUUCCUCUGGAAAAUGCCCUAGAAAAUGCCCGGUGUUUGUACAGUAGACCCCCAUGAGGACUGACUCAUGGUUUGUAAAGAAUAGGGCUACAGGUGUAGGAUCUUAAUUGUUUGUGUCUGUGCACGCAUAAUGAAGUUCCUACACCUGUAUUUGGUCUCAAAUGGGGCUGUUUAGCUCUGGGAUCUGUGAGAGAUCAGUAUAAUGGUUCUGGUAUUUUACAUCCCCAGACAGACCCUGUAUGUACAGUACAAACAUAAUGGCAUGUUAAUGGUUCAUCAGCCCUGAUCAGCAUAGUUAAAUUAAAUUAUUAGCGAUCACGAUGUAAUCCACAAAAAAAACGGAUCGACAUUUCCCCAGAACACAUUGACUUACCUGUAAGUACUGAUCAUUUAUUCUUAAGGAACUCAAUAGCCCACCCCCACAAAUUGCUGUCAUAUAUGGUCACCAUGGAGAUGCCUGCUCUGUGCUGACAUCAUGCAUGAAGCAUGGGGACUGGGUGAGUGGAGUGUGAGGAAGGGGUUUGGGGGAGGGGUGCUCUGCAGGGGCCAGUAGUGAGGGUCAGCCUUUAAUGCUUGUUGUCACCAGCGUGACACAUAUAUAGUCAACAGCUGUCUUACUAGCUUUUUAAACAUUUUUAACAAUAGAACAAUCUAAUUUAAAGUCCAGCGUUUGCUUAUCUUCUGAAAAUAAAAAGAAAUGUGUCGAUUUAGCGUCUCAUACUCACAUGCAUGAUUCUAAGUAGUCGAGGGAAUGAACGAUACGAUACAGAGCUGUCGUGGAACUGACGUCCACAGGAAGUGCUAAAGGAGGAUUCUGUGGAAUAUACUUCUGCGGCGUGUCGACACUGCAUGUCAAACAAAGCUGACGGGCCUAUACUGAUAGGAGAGUCAACGGAAGAAAUACGUGGACAGACACUUCUACAACAUCAAUAGACUAUGAGUUGGGACUCCGCUUGACAUUCAGGGUGCGUUACUACUCCAGGCUCUGACGCUCCUUCUCUGGAUUAUAACGAACAGAAUCCUUCCACACCCCCUUCUGUGCUCCUCUGCUCAUCCUGUUCUCCAUCACUCAUCAUACUGUUAUACUUUUAGUCGCAAAUGCUGGUCGCGUAGGGCAAAAGUCAAAUCAUACCCAUUUCCCCAUGUAGUGCACUACUUUGGUCAAAACUAGUACACUCUACAGGGAAACGGGUGUCAUUUGAGACAAAGCUAUAGUCUGGUCAAAUGAGCAGUUUUAAUAUCAUGUUUUACAGUAUCUAAUUUUAUGAAGUGUGAGGAUAUGUUUGAUUUUGAUUUUUUUUUUUAAACUUUUGUUUUUAAGUUAUGGUGUGUGAGUUCAACAUUUGUAUUUAUAAGAGUGGUGGUGAAUGUGAGCCGGCGGGUUUCUUGCCUUCCCUAAAAAUGAUUAUUAAGUGUGGGAUUCCUUUUUCUGUUACCUUCACAGACAAAGCCUGGAUGCAUAGUGUGACACGUUUUAAGGCCAAACUCCAUCACCUUCGACAGAUAGACAGGCGGUGAACCUGUUCCAGAACACCUAGCAAAGGCCUCCGUAGCCCUGCCUGGCCAAAUCUGUAUACUCUCUGGAUAAUAACUCUGAAGCUAUAUUCAACAGCUUCCGUAUACAUUCAUCAGUCAGUCAGUCUGAAAAAUCAACAGAAACGAUAUGCUUGAACAAACUGUUGAAUAAAUACUAUGCAUUGUUUCCUGUGCGGACUAACUUUGAAAAUAUUACAGAGGAGAACCCCAUUCAUUUUAUGGUGUGCCGCUCUGCUCUCAUCUCCUACAGUAUAUGAUAUUGUUUAUUACAGCGGUCAAGCUUAACUGCUUGUGAGACUUACAAUAACCGUCUCUUUUUGUAGCCACCUCGCUAUUGUAAUCCAUUUAUCAAUCUAUUUAAAAGAGAACUGUGAGCUCUUAUGCAUAUAAAAAGCACUACCAAAACCGUUCCAAGAUGGAGUUGAAUCUAAAGUUGAGUUCUGCCACCGUGUUCCCAUGGCUUUGUUACCGUGCUUGGCCUAGUUACUCCACUCUCACUUCACCCUGAAGUAACGGAGAAGAUCCUUCGGACCUUGUCUUAUCUGCUGUAGAGUUCAGUCGCUGUGAACAGAGUCCCUAACAGUUAUUUUGUAUAUUUUAUUUCAUUUUAUCUGGUCAAAUGACACUGGAUUCAUGUUAAGGCACUUGCUUGCAGUGAUAGGCAGCAACGAUAUUGUUAGGAAUGUGUGUUUUCUCUAUACUGGACACACACCUUUGAAAAUGAUUACUUGCUGUACAGUAUAGACAUUGAGAAAGAAGUUGCUCUGUAUAUCUUGAUGUGCUGUUUUGAAGGGUGGAUAUUGUAUGUAUGAACAUAAAUACUUCUAUGUGUGCAUUUAGUUACAAAUAUACUGGAAGAGUGGUAUGAGGUUGUGCGCAUUUUGUAAUAGAUGAUUCACAAAUGUGCAAUGUUACGACUACAGACUAAGUGUAAGUGCUAAUACAGUGCACUUGUCAUACUGAAACCAUGGAAGUAAUUAUUUAGCCUACCUGUGUGAUCUACUGACAUUUCAGCCAUCCACUCUCCAUGUGGUGUUGAGGUCAUGACCUCUUUUUAGAAGAACUGGGUAAUACUAUAGAUUAGCUAUGAUACACUGUCUCAGUGGUAGGAAUAAUACGAAUUGGAACACAAAUAUAUUGAAGAGCAGAACGAUGACAAACAAUCACAGGCCCCAACAUGACAGACCUAACUGGCUGAUUCCAUAGGCUCACAUGAGGCACUGUCCAUCCCACUCUUCUUCUUCCACCCUUCAAUUCACCUCAACCUGUUCGUUCUACAUUUCCCCUAGUGCUUGGUGGUGUGUGUUUGCUGUAUUUGCGUUCAGUCUAAAUGGAAAACAUACAUACGUAAAUAAAUAAAUGUCUCAAUGCUAUUCA